AGAACUAAAGCACGCGGCGUCCGGUGACUAACGCUUCCUGUGAAAUAAAGACAUCGACCCACCGUGAACUUCUGGCCCACAUGACCUUCUCCGCGGCGGCUUUGGGGGUACAACUGGGCCAAGUAGAAAUCAGAUGCCCCAUCACGGAGUGCUUCGAAUUCCUGGAAGAGACGACUGUCGUCUACAACCUGACUCACGAAGACUCCAUCCAGUACAAGUACUUCCUGGAACUCGGUCGCAUCGAUCCCAGCACGAAGCCGUGUCCUCAGUGCAAGCACUUUACAACCUUUAAGAGAAAAGGACACAUUCCUACCCCUUCCAGAUCAGAGAGCAAAUACAAAAUCCAGUGCCCCACUUGCCAGUUCGUCUGGUGUUUUAAGUGCCACUCUCCUUGGCACGAAGGUGUCAGUUGCAAAGAGUACAAAAAAGGAGACAAACUGCUGCGUCACUGGGCCAGCGAAAUCGAGCAUGGGCAGAGGAACGCCCAGAAGUGUCCCAAGUGCAAGAUCCACAUCCAGAAAACCGAAGGUUGUGACCACAUGACCUGUUCACAGUGCAACACUAACUUUUGCUACCGGUGUGGGGAGAGAUACCGCCAACUCCGGUUUUUUGGAGACCACACAUCAAACCUCAGUAUAUUUGGAUGCAAAUUUCGCUACCUCCCAGAGAGACCCCAUUUGCGGAGACUAGUGCGAGGGUCGGUCUGUGCUGGAAAAUUAUUCGUUGCACCUCUAAUCCUGGUUUUGGGAUUAGCACUAGGGGCCAUAGCAGUUGUAAUCGGUUUAUUUGUAUUUCCCAUCUAUUGCCUUUGUAAAAAACAGAGAAAGCGGUCACGGACUGGUAUGGACUAGCAGGGUGCGGAUAACUCGCCCGACUCCAGCUGCGUCCCAGAGCCUCUGCCGUCAUGGUCAUCGGUCAUUGGCCUGCGGGCCUCAGCCCUGGUGCACUCCCACCAUGGUGUCCCGCCCUCCCCCUAAACCAAUUGCUGCUUUUCAAAAAUGGUCACUUUCAUAAACUAUACGUACCUGUAUCAUAACUCUGACCUUCGCGGUUCUUAGAAGAAAAUGUUUUCGUUGAGAACCAGUUAUCCUCCACCCUGUUCUGAGGGCGGAUCCCCCAGGGUCGCCUGGACUGGCUUUGAGCCCUGAACCCUCCGGCCUGUCCGCGGGAUACCGUGUGAAUGGUGACAUCCUGUCUGUCCCAAGAAGCGAGGCCACUUUUCAGAAUCCACAGGUUCACUGAAGUCGCCUGUUCUCGUGGCCCGAGCCGUAGAAUUCCUUCCUCCUUCAGAUACUGUAUUUGCUAAAAAUUUCUGUGCCCAAAAGGGAACUGAGGAAACUAAAUGAACGAGAAGAAUCAUGAGUCACCGCAGUGCGUGUGUACGGUUGUGUGUGUGUAGAAGUAAAUAUUAAAGCGGGGCUCGUUACCUGUGCUUAUCUAUUUCUAUGCCUCUACACCGUUUUCUCACAUCUUCACAGAACUGUUUAGAGUUGAUGGUUCCACUGUGGGCAGAAUUUGGGGUUGUAGUAAAUUAAAGUCCAUGUAGACAACAGGCUCUUUCAGUGCUAUUUCCAUUGUAAACAGAAAAUGCAGGAUGCUUUUAGGAAAUUCUCAAGUCCCAAAGAGGCAGUCUUCAGAUUUCUUAUAUUUUGGCAUAAUGGUUCUACUCUAUGAAUAAAUAUUUCAUAUGAGAUUACUGAAUCCCGAGAACAAGUUUGCUCUAGCUCUAUGCCACUAUUUUUUAACUUACCAGCUUGUAACUAUAGAGAAUGUCACUUUGGGUCAAAGUUUUAAAUUAUUUAAUACCCAACCCUCUUCCCUUUCUGUUUUUUUAUUUGUUCCCAAGUUUUUCAUGAAAACAAAUACUAGUCUUGAAGGAUUUUUCUUAGGUUUACUGCUCAGAUGCAUAAUAACUUGGGGAAAUCUUUUUAUGGCGAUAAUUUAAAAACAUAUUUCUUUGUUCACAGAUUCAAUUAUAAACUAUUUUUAGAGAAGGAAAUGGAAAAAUUAAAAAGUAUUUUCAGGACAUUUCCUAAGGUGUGAAGUAUUUGAAGAUAAAAGGACAAUUAAUGAAGCUAUUAUAUUAUUUUGUUUUCAUCACCAAAGUUCAACAACUUCUGUUGGAAGAAAAAGCCUCUAAGAAGCCUAAAGUUCACAGGUGUCUCCAGUCUCAAACUUAACUCUGCACAGAAGUACAGUUACUUUGUCAGCAACCUCAUCAGACGUGAAAUAGGUCAUAUGGUAAAACAUGCACUGACAUGAAUAGGUCCGUAUUUCUUGGGCUCCCGAAUGUUAAAAUAUUUUAUUUUGUUUGCCCUUAAGUCCCCGGCAGUCAAGGUCACUCGUGGUCCCAGGCCGGCGUGCCUGCGCUCCUUCUGAAUCACGCGAAAUGGCUCCGUGGCUUCUGGGCUGACGUCUGCCGCUGUAGAGGAGGCCAUGGCAUCUGUGCUCCUGGAGCCACACAUUUCUGAAGCCCAACAGGAGUGGGGAAGAGGUGCUGCUCCUGUUCAGACUCAUCCUUCUGUUCGUCCACCUGUCCAUGCGACAGUGUCACUGAGGGCUUGGUGUAGCUUGGUGUAGGUGGCCGCUGCGGUGUUAAACCGAAAGGAUGAAUCCUAUCCCAAAUACGUAUUUCUGUCAUAAAAGUGCUUGAUCUUUUGAAAUUCAUCUUUGCUGGUUCUAAGCAUCGGUUUGGUGGUGUGUGAACGUGAUGAGUUCUCACUCUCGUGGAUCUGUAUGUCUCUGUAGCAUAAAAAUACCUAGCCUGUGUACUACGUACUCUGGUCGUGGGUCAUUUAUCUUCUUAGAUUAUUUUGUCUGUUGUCUUUGGCCUACUCAGGGAUUUUUAUUCCUUUCCUUUGAAUAACUUAUCUUUUAGACCUAUUUUUAUAUGAUUUGGAAGAAUUUCCAAUACACCAGUUCCAAAGCGCUGUCUGUUCCCAGGUGAAGCUGUUUCCACAGUGUGUGAGAGAUGGUGCCCUGUGUUGCAUGGCCUUUUCAUUUUUCUAUUACAUCACUUUAAAAGUAAAUAUAUGCCUUUUUCUCUUUAAAGGUGGCUAGAUAUUAGGCUUUUCCCUGCUGGUAAUUUAAAGUAAUUAUUUGUGAAUUUUUUUACUAAGUUUCAAGAUCUUUAAAAGAGAGAUGAAAAGAGAAAAGGAUUAUUUAUAUAUCAGUGCCAACUUUGAAGCUGAAACAGGAGUAACUUUUAGGAUAAAUUCUGAAAACUACUUUAGAAACAGAUGUGUGCACAUGAAAUAAAUACCUUUCUAUCCAAGGCUUGUUUUAUAUGUUUUUAUUAUAAAUUUAAUAUAUGCUCCCUUAAAAGCCAAGCUACAUAGAGUUAUGAAGUACAAAUCCCCAUUUACCCCGCCCCUUAUUUUAUAGGGGUAGCCGCUGUUCAUGGUUUGGUAGGUGUUCCUGCAAACAUUUUCUAAAAAUUUACAAAUGUGUGUGUUGUGUAUAUGCAUCACAUUUAUUAGUUUUAUACAAAUAGAAUAAUCUUACUUUGCUGUGACUCUUACAUUUUAUUAUAUAUUGAUAGAUACCUUUGCAUAAGAGUUUAUAUAGACUUACCUCACUCUUUUGUAAAUUACCAUGUAAUCCACUGUAGGACUGACUGACUCCUGUUGAGUGGGCAUCAAGAUUGCUUUCACUUCUUUCUUACAAAGAGCUAGUGAAGACCUUUUUCUAUCUCUUUUUCACCUUAUGUGAGCACAUCCAUAGAUUUUUUAUUUGGUUUUUAUCUGAUGUUUUUAAUAGUAAUGCGGGAAUUUUCAGAAAAUAAGAUCAUAGAAAUGUAUUUGUUAGUAAAAGAAAGCUUGUACAAGGAGUGUGAAAGUUUUAAAGAAAAGCAUCUUUGGAAGGAUAACUUCCUCCCUGCUUGAGUCACCAAAUAAAUGCCUUGCCAAAACAUAUACAAGAAAAUUACUCAUUUUGCAAUAAAAAUAAAAUGUCUUUCGGAUCAUGUGAGAAAGAUGAAUUGAUUUUUGGAUUGCCUGCUCUUAAAACGUGAACCAUGCCAAACUGACAGAGGAAAGAUUCCGUAGGCUUGGUGGGAGGACCACGGACUAUGGAACCUGCAAUGUUCCUUCUGUAGUGAGCGUCGCUCCUCCUCCUGGGGGAUUUCCAGAUACGGAGUCAGGAGAGGAGGGGCCCAAAGCUGUAGGUACAGUCAGCAUCCUGUUGCCACCACCUUUGUUUUCUGACAGGUGCUGUUGGGUCCUGAGGGGAACAGAUGGUUACAUAGCAGUCAGGCUACAGCAUGAUGGCUUUCCCCGUACUUUCUUCCCCUGGGAUCAAGAUUCCUUCUGUGUGCUGUCAGGAUGUCCCUUGCUCUGUGGCCCCAUCUCUCCAUCCCAGCGUCCUCGCUGACCCUUUACUUUUGACCUACCAUCCCCAUGCCACCCUCGAGCCCUGAUGCCUGUCCAAUUUGAACCCAUCAGCUAAAGCAUCCCAACUUCCUUGUUAAACGCAGCUGUGUUGACAUUUGACUUUUAUGCUGCCUGCUGAAUUAUAUAAAGAUGCUAGUGGUCUAAAUGAGAUUCACUGAUGUACUUUUAAGUAUGAAAGUAAGAACAUUCAUACGAAAAGCCAUUUUAGGCUUUGUCUUUAUAAGCAAGUGGCACAUACUCCUUUAGUGUGAGCAUUCACAUUGAUAAUUUGCUCAUCCUUCUAUAUUUGAAAUCCAUCCCUGCUGUUGAAGUCAUUUUUCCUGUGAUCAGUGCCAUAUUUUUAUGUUGCUGUCUGUGAUAGCCUUAAAAUUCCAUCAUGCCCUUUGAAAUACUUGUGGCAUCUAACACCUUAAUGACAUGCAUAAGGCAACUAAUAUAUACAUGUUAAUAGAAGGGAGUAGAAGUGUUACCAAACAGGUGUUCAUCUCUUCAGAUUUGUGGAGAAUCGGUAGCUAAAAAAUUUGAAACAAGUACAACAUACCUGAAAGAAAUGCAGCACUUUGUAAAAUAACAGUAAUCCUGGAAACUGGUUAUCAACAGUUUGCCUGGGGCUCAAAUAUAAUGACUAAUAUUUAACAGAUCUUAUUACCUGAUAACUUAGUUGAAAUAUUUCUUUAAAAUACUAUGAAUUUCUAUUCAAGAUUUUAAUUGCAUUGACAUAGUUUACAAGUUUUAUAAAAAGAAACAACUCUGACCAGAAACAUGGGAAAUCAAGACCAUUUGAGCUUAUUUUGUAUUGUUCAACUCAUUGCAAUUUCAAAUGAUAUUUUCCUUCCUAAUAUGGAAACCUGAGUUCCAAAAUCACAUUCUAAUAUGCAUAUCUACAGUUGCUAGAUAUACAUGUGAAGUAAUUGGAUGAAGCUGAAAUAAUUUUGUACAAUCAUAAAAGCAUGGUCUGCACAAAAUCAAGAAUUCCAAAAUUUACGAAAUAUUUGAGAUGUGAAGUGUUGCUUUUUGUGUGCAGUGGCACAGGCCUUUCAGAGGGAAAUGCGGAGUAGGUGUGAUUUCAUAGCUUUGAAAUUGAGGACAGAACCGAGUAUUGUGCCAACAUUGCUAUCCUAGGCCUGGAGUCCGGACUUUUUCCACAUCCAGUAACCAGAGCCACAGGAGUUUGAGACUGUUGUCCUUGACAUCACAAGGUUGAUUGCCAAUUUAACAUAUCAGAGAGAAGUUCAAUGCUGGAGCUAUGUAAUGCAUAUCAGAAACUAUUCUUUUCUUUUGGCUAAAGAUGUGGCUGAGAAUAAAACAAUUUGAACUUAAAAUGCGGUGAGUUGCAAAAAAUACACAAGUCAUCGCCACUGCCUUUCUUUGCCAUUUCUUUUGCCUUCUAACAUUUCAUUCAUUGCAUUUACGUCUGCAUCGCUUAA